CCUCCGGCACGCCUACCUUGCUUUGUCCCUACCUGCCGGCAUUUCGUCCGAUUUCUACAGCUUGUCGCGUCCCAAAGGCCACAAUAUUGGAUCUUGAAGUAAGAGAGGUCAUCUACAGAAGCAGUGCAAGUCCGAGGGUGGUCAGAAGUAGUUGGUUGGAGAGAAAGAGACUCGACUGUCGCAUUCAUUCGCCCGUGGCAAGCGACCGCUGCGACGGCGAGGCUUUACCUGUGAUAAGCCCGGCAACUCAUCCACGUCGUGCUCGUGCGUGUUGAUAGGCCUCCGUGGUUGGCUUUUUUCCUUCGUUAGAGAACAGAGCAACAGAGCAAAUUUAUUGUCCCCGCCUUCUUAUCAAUUUCUCUUUACCUGGUUUGACGAGCUUCCUCUCUGGAGUAUUGUCACAGUCCCGGCUGCAAUCAUGUCGAACCAGCAGGUGGGCACGGUGUUCGAUCGGGUCAUCCAGGAGGUUUGUGAUGGCUCCCAGGUGGACUUUGAGGAAAGUGGAGUGGAUCAGCAAACAUUGUUAGACCUGCGCCGGAGCUGGCAGAAAAAGCUUUCCUCCUUGGGCGUUGCUCACUUCCCCUGGGACCCCCCGCCGCCGCAACCCGCUCCUCCUCAGACUCAGAACAUUCUUCCUCCUACGGCGACGGUCCCCUCCAAUGCUCCCCGGCCUGGACCGCCCCAUCAACCACAGCACCAUGUUCCCCCGCCACCUCAUCAACCUCUCCCGCAGUCCGUCCCCGGUACGGUACCCCCGCUGCAGGCUCCCGCCCCCAUUGGGCCCCCUCCUCAUGCCAUGGGUCAGCCACCGCACAUCAAAACCGAGCCUGGUAUCAAUGGCCAGCCUGGGAUGAUCCCCAUGAACAACAUGAUGAUGUCGAACUCCCCGAACCCUCAGUCAGCCCAGGAACGGGCUGCCAACAUGCUUCGACAGCGGUAUGGCGCUGCUGCCGCUAAUUCAGUCAGCCAGAUGCAAGCACAAUCACAAGCACAGGCAGCCAUGGGCAUGCCGGGUCAGCCGCGUCCCCCACACCUUCAGCAUAUUCCAAAUGGCCAGGCCCCACAAAUCAAGCAAGAACCGGGUUACCCACCUGUGUCCCAGCCCCCCGUCGGGAAUGCACAAACAGAUGGUGCUGGUGAUGACGCCCUGUCCACAUGGAAGGCUGAGGUUGCACGGAGGCGGGAAGCUGCUGAACGCCAGGGGGGAGAAGGUGACCGUAUCCUCCGCGAACACCUCAAGCAACGCAUGCUCCAGUUAGAGGGCGGCGGUCUCAUGCUGCCUCUCAAGGAGCACCAAUCCUCAUCAAUUCCAUCACAAUUGCUGGCAAACCAAUCAGACUCAAGUAACAACAAGGAGCCGGUGGUAUACGAUCAGCCACCUAGAAUUACCGGUGCUCAAUAUGAUGGCCCUGGAGGCGACGAUGAAAGGGACGAAGACGACGAGGACGCCAUCAACUCCGAUCUCGACGACCCUGAUGACCUUGUUGCGGAUGAUCACGAUGCGGAAGACGCUGUGGGUCAGGUUAUGCUUUGUACCUAUGACAAGGUGCAACGCGUGAAGAACAAGUGGAAGUGCACGCUCAAAGAUGGUAUCCUAACCACCGGUGGCAAGGAAUACGUCUUCCACAAAGGUCAAGGAGAGUUUGAGUGGUGAACGUCCGCCUCACACUCCGAACGAUUUCCCAUGCCCUGUAUUUUCUUUCCGCUUCUUCUUCUUCUCCCUCUUCCCAUCUUCCCUAUGUUCUCCUUUUGAACCCCAACUGUAAAAACUCCAAAUAUGUCUCGGAUUCCAUGAGCAACGAUUACAAUCCCAACCCAAAUCUGAUUCCUUCAGACAUCUCGACAGUCGGUGCAAGCGGAGAUAUACCUCAAAUGAUUUUUCACGAAAACAAACACACUGGGAUUUCUUGUUUUCGUCUUGUGUCUCCUUCGAUAACUCCAUUUCAGACGCCUUUUUCCCACAUUGGAUGUAUGUGGCGCUUAUGCAGGUGGACGGCGGUUUCUUCCAGUUAGCUAGCUGUACUAGAGUAACAUAUUCGAAUGAAACAGAUAGUCUUUAUCCUUUG